GGGGAGACUUUAUCCUAACCUGCUGGCAGAUCGGCUGUGACAGACGCCAGGGAUGCCAGUUCAGUAAGAAUCAUGCAGAUGGCAUGGUCAGGGGCCACCGUCCUCAUAAUCAUCACAUGUUUAUGGGUUGGUCAUCGAGACUUAGUGGAGAGCUCUCUGGUCCUAGACUCUGGCACUGUGGAUGCUGCUAAAGAAGGGGUCACUCCAGCCCCUGCUUCAGGACAUAAUGAAGACAACACCUUGGCUUACACAGGAUCUCGUCUGAGGCAGGAGGACUACCCACCCCGAAUUGUGGAGCAUCCUUCUGACCUGAUCGUAUCCAAGGGCGAACCGGCCACCCUUAACUGCAAGGCCGAGGGGAAACCCACACCUACCAUGGAGUGGUACAAGGACGGAGAGAGGGUGGAAACCGAUCGGGACAACUCUCGUUCCCAUCGUAUGCUGCUUCACUCCGGCUCGCUCUUCUUCCUGAGGAUAGUCCACGGUCGUCGUAGCAAGCCGGACGAAGGCUCGUAUGUCUGUGUGGCCCGCAACUAUUUAGGAGAAGCUGUUAGCCACAACGCUUCGCUGGAAGUAGCCAUUCUUCGUGAUGAGUUCCGGCAGAACCCCAGUGAUGUGAUGGUGGCUGCUGGUGAACCUGCAGUGAUGGAGUGCCAGCCGCCCCGUGGGCACCCGGAACCCACUAUCUCUUGGAAAAAAGACGGCACAAAUGUGGACGACAGGGAUGAACGCGUAACGAUCCGAGGUGGAAAGCUAAUGAUCACCAACACCAGGAAGAGCGAUGCCGGGAAGUAUGUGUGUGUGGGAACCAACAUGAUGGGUGAACGGGAGAGUGAGGUCGCUGAGCUGACUGUACUUGAGAGACCAAGUUUUCUGCGCAGACCGAGCAGUCAGUCAGUGCUGGUGGAGCAGAGUGUGGAGUUUAGGUGUGAGGCUCAGGGGGACCCUGUACCCACCGUCCGCUGGAAGAAAGAGGACGGAGAAUUACCCAAGGGCAGGUUUGAGAUUAAGGAGGACAACACACUGAAGCUGAAGAGGCUGAGCUCUGCUGACGCUGGCUCCUACACCUGUCUGGCUGAGAACAUGAUGGGGAAGACAGAGGCUACGGCUGCCCUCACCGUCCACGUGCCUCCAUUAUUUGUUGUGCGGCCAAGAAAUCAGGUGGUUGGACUGGGACGAACUGUGACUUUUCAGUGUGAGGCGACGGGCAGCCCCCAACCAGCCAUCUUCUGGCAGAGAGAAGGCAGCCAGAACCUGCUGUUCUCCUCUCAGCCGACCCAGUUCUCCAGUCGUUUUUCAGUCUCUCAGACGGGCGAUCUGACCAUCACUGGAGUGGAACGUGGUGACUCUGGUUACUACAGCUGCCAGGCACUCAACAUAGCAGGCAGUGUGAUCACUAAAGCUCUGCUGGAAGUCACGGACAUCAUUUCGGACAGGCCUCCACCUGUUAUCCGCCAGGGCCCCACUAAUCAGACAGUGGCGCUUGAUGGGACAGUAGUUCUGGGAUGCCAGGUGACAGGUACCCCACCUCCAACAAUUUUGUGGAAGAAGGAUGGAGUGCUGAUAUCUCAUGACUCCCGUUUUAAGAUUCUGGACUCUGGUGCUUUGCAAAUUCGCUUUGCCAAGCUUGGAGAUACAGGGAUGUACACAUGUGUAGCAUCCAGCCCCAGUGGAGAGGCGUCACGGAAGGCCUACUUGGAGGUUCAAGAGUACGGUAUUGCAGUGCAGCCUGGCAGACCGACCGACCCCAACCUGAUUCCAAGCCCACCAUCCAAACCUGAAGUCACUGAUGUCACUCGGACCACAGUGUCUCUGUCCUGGAAGCCUGAUCUUCACUCCGGAGCGACCCCUACCUCAUACAUUAUUGAGGCCUUCAGCCAUGCAUCAGGCAGCAGCUGGCAAACACUGGCAGAGCAUGUGAGGAUGGAAAGCUACACCCUGAAGGGCCUCAAACCCAGCGCAGUCUAUCUUUUCCUGGUCAGAGCAGCGAAUGCAUAUGGCUUGAGUGACCCGAGCCCCGUCAGCGAUGCUGUUAAAACUCAGGACAUUCUUCCGACUAGUCAGGGAGUGGAGCACGGACAGAUCCAAAGGGAACUGGGGGAUGUUGUUAUUCACCUCCACAAUCCCACCAUCCUCUCCUCAUCAUCUAUUCGAGUGCAGUGGACUGUGGAGCAGCAGUCUCAGUAUAUGCAGGGCUAUAAGGUGAUGUACCGCGUAUCCUCAGAGAUGGGACAGACUCGGAGCGACUGGUCCUUGUUUGAGGUCAAGAGUCCGGCUGAGUACUCGGCGGUCAUCCCGCAGCUUCGCAAAGGCACGACGUAUGAGUUCAAAGUGCGUCCCUUCUUUAACGAGUUCCAGGGAACAGACAGCGACAUUAAAGUGGGAAAGACACAUGAGGAAGUCCCUAGUGCGGCACCCAGAGGAAUAACCGUAACACAGAGUGGAGACAAUGGCACUGCCAUCCUGCUGUCCUGGCAAGCACCUCUGGAGGAUGAGCAGAACGGGGUGAUCCAGGAGUACAGAAUCUGGUGUUUAGGGAAUGAGACUCGCUACCACAUCAACCGCACAGUGGAUGGUAACACCUUCUCAGUGGGCAUCUCGGGUCUGGUUCCAGGAAUCCGCUAUGGUGUAGAAAUGGCGGCCAGCACCGCAGCUGGGCCUGGAGUAAAGAGCGAGCUUACUUACUUCCAGCUGGACUCAUCAGGGCGGAUGACCCAGACCGUUGUGGACCCGGAGGACACUCUGUCUCAGCAGAUAUCGGAUGUGGUAAAGCAGCCGGCCUUUAUUGCAGGCAUUGGUGCAGCAUGUUGGAUCAUCCUCAUGGUGUUCAGCAUCUGGCUCUACCGCCAUCGCAAGAAGAGGAGUGGCCUGAGCACCAGCUACGCCGGCAUACGCAAAGUGCCAUCUUUCACCUUUACACCUACUGUUUCCUAUCAAAGAGGAGGAGAGGCAGUCAGCAGUGCCGGCAGGCCUGGUUUGUUGAAUAUGAGUGACUCAGCCACGCAGCCCUGGCUGGCAGACACAUGGCCCAACAACUGCUCCAACCAGAAUGACUGCAGCAUCAACUGCUGCACUUCAAGCAACGGCAACAGUGACAGCAACCUGGCCACCUACAGCCGGCCCGCUGACUGCAUUGCCAACUACAAUCAAAUGGACAGCAAGCCCAGUAACCUGCUGGUUCCUGACUCUGGUCUGUAUGGAGACGUUGACCUCUCCAACAAGAUCAAUGAGAUGAAGACAUUUAACAGCCCCAACCUGAAAGAUGGGAGGCUGGUGGGGCCGGGAGGGCAGCCCACACCCUACGCCACCACUCAACUCAUUCAAUCCAGCUUGGGCACCAACCACAUGGGCAGCGCCGACCUAAACGAAAAACAAAGCUGGAAGGGCAGCCAAGGGACACCUCAGAAACAGCAGGAAGUGACCUUACAGCUGCAGUACAACAUUAUGGAGCAGAACAAGCUAAACAAGGACCAUUACAUAAGUGGAGACAGUGGCAUGCCAGCCACCAUCCCCUAUAAUCAGAUGCCUGAACACAAUCCCACUGGUUCCUACAGCAGUUCUGACAGAGGCAGCAGCACAUCUGGGAGUCAAGGGCAAAAAAAAGGAGUCAGAACACCUAAAAUGGGAAAGCAGGGUGCAAUGAAUUGGGCUGAUCUGUUGCCGCCUCCACCUGUCAGUCCACCGCCAUGUCAGGACUACAACCUUACAAUGGACGACAGUUAUGAGGCUGAGCUGCAGUGUCCUGUUCCUCCAUCCUGCAUGUACCUUCAGCCUGAUGAGCUGGAAGAAGAGGAGGCUGAAAUGGAAAGAGGCCCCACUCCACCACUGCGAGGUACUGCCUCCUCCCCUGCCGCUGUAUCGUACAGCCACCAGUCCACUGCCACCCUUACACCCUCCCCACAGGAGGAGAUGCAGCCCAUGCUGAUGGAGAACCUAGAGCACCUUAAUGAGCGCAGGUACCCUGUUAAAGCUCUUUUCAUCUUUACAGUCUACUUGAUGUUAAUAAAGCACAUGUAAUGCCUCAUACAGGGCAAACAUUUACAUUUUUCUCUAUGUUUCUUUAGACGGCAGUUGGUAAGCCCUCCUCCCCUCUCCCCGUCUCACACAUACGGCUACAUCUCCAGCCCUCUGGCUCUGGACACGGAUGGCCUGGAGGACGAGGAGGGAGGAGACGAGACGGAUGCAGAGGUGGCGCAUGUCCACCAGCGACACCCGCACAUACUUUCCCCUGCACAGAAACAGGGUGCCCAGCAGUGGCUGGCGCUGCGGGGACUCGAGCAGACACCAGCAUCCAGUGUGUGUGAGCUAGACAGCUCUGUAACCGGCUCCAUGAUCAAUGGCUGGGGUUCUGCCUCUGAGGAAGACAGCGCAUCAUCGGGACGUUCCAGUGUUGUCAGCUCCUCUGAUGGGUCCUUCUUUACCGACGCUGACUUCGCUCAAGCUGUGGCUGCUGCAGCAGAGUAUGCGGGGCUCCGAGUUGGGAAGCAUUCUGGGAAAGGGCAGACACACCACACAGGGCCUGGCGCACGAAAAUACCAAAACCUGCCUUCAGUCCACCGUCCAGCAAGUCCUCUGUCUACAGACAGUAAUAUAAGUACAGCUGUGCCACAAAGAAGACCUCCAAAGAAACAGAAACAACAGGCAGCUGGGCACUACCAGCGCAGAGAGCCCUACACAGAUGAUCUUCCACCACCACCCAUCCCACCUCCAGCCAUGCUCAAGUCACCCACUCACCCAGCUAAGUCUGCAGCAGAUGGAGGACGGAGGACCAGCUCAGCCGAGGGCAGAGAUAAGAAACUCAGAGAUGCCUCAGACACCAGGACCAGCUCAUCAGAACGUCGAGACGCACAGGAAAGACAGAGGGCACAGCGAGCAGGAAAAAACAGCAAACAAGAGCAGAGCGCAGGCCACCAGCACCCAGAGGACAUCAUGCCCUACAGUCGUCCCUCGUUUCCAGCCAUUUACACGACACGAGGAGAGAGGGAUCCGAGCUCCUCCAGCUCUAUGUCGUCUCGAGGGUCUGGAGGACGAAAGAGAGGCGAGGGAGUGUCUGGGAGCCGCAGGAACCCCACAGAAAUCAGCCUCAACACCAUAGGAGCCUUCCAGCCUGGAGAGGAGCAACUGGAGAUGGUGGAGAGCUGAAACUGGACCUGAAAAACUGGUGAUUAUAUCAGUAGACAACAACCCAGUUUAUUUUAUCGUUACCACUAUCGGACUAUACAUGUUGAAAACUGACCAAUUGUUUUCUUAUUUUACUGUAUGUUAAAUGGUUACUAUGGGAAAAAAAUAAUGGCUCUUAAAGGCAGUUUGAAUCAUUUUGUUACAAUGCAAUGUGGAGUAAACGAUGCUUUGAGCAUGUACAAUUUGCUCAGCAAGUCCUAAACGCUCUGCAUUACUGUUAAUAUUAGCUUCAAGCAAAAAGGGAUGGACAUACAUGUAAAUAAACAUGCAUACAUGCCCAGUUGUCCUUUGUAAUUAUGUGGUACUUUAAAUUUUGUCUUCCUUGGCUUAUUUGAAUAAUUUUUUUAUUAAGUUUUUAUUUUGCCAGUAAAUAUAAAUGUUCUAUUUGCUUUACCUGCCCAUCCUAGUUGUAAAUUGUCAUAUCAUUUAAGCUCCCAGGAAAAGUGCCACAUUUGAUAUGUGUUAUUUUUCUUUACUUUUUUGUAAUGCACUGUUAUUUUGUUGUUUGUCAAUGUUUGUUAUUUGUUUGACUUUGGUUUUAAAAGCACAAUCACUAAACUUUAUUUUGAACCAUGUUAUUGAUUAACCUUUUUGUCCUACAUGAGAACAGGUACUGUAUGACAAAAAGCCUCAUUAACCCUAAUAGAGUUGAACGAGAGGAAAAGCUGUUUACAGAGGAGUGACGGAUUGAACACAUGAGCUGCAUUCUUCUCUCUUUGCCAGAUUCUUUCCAUUGUUCCAAUCAGUGAACUUUCCAGUACUGAACCCAUUUCUCCUUUUUCAUAUGCACUUACUGAGACUUGAAAUGAGAAAACAGGCAGUAGUGUGAGAAUCUGAUGGUGGACUGAUGGAUUGAUUGUCUCAAACCCUGAGCUAGUCAGUCACCAGCAAAGAAAAGAGAAUGCUCAGAAGUGUUUACUCAGUGGGCAUUUGCAACAGUUUUGUUAAAAUAAAAAAGUAUAAGAAAAAAAAACAUGAAAUAAAAAUGUAUUAAAGAAAA